AUGAGCUCGGAUCAUUUCUUUUGUUCUAUUGUCUGUGGGAGUCCUCAUGCUGCGAAGAGAAGGGAGUUGUGGCAUUUUCUUAGCUCUCUGGCUAUUUUGGUGGAAGGACCUUGGAUGCUUGCCAAUGAUUUCAAUUCUAUUCUUGAUGGAGAUGAAAGAAAAGGUGGGGCUUCUAUUUCACAUGUAGGUUGCAAAUGGUUUGGAGAGUUUUUGUUCGAUAAUGCUUUGCGAGAUCUGGGUGCUAGUGGUGCCAAAUUUACAUGGAGCAAACAGGUUUAUAUGAAUAUCUUUGUACGCAAAAGAAAGUUGAUUUCUGAGCUGGAAAAGGUUCAAAAAGUCCUUGAGGUUCGCUCCUAUCAAUCACUUCAUAGAUGGAAGUACGAACUGCGACAGGAAAUUGAGGAAGUUUUAGCUCAUGGGAAGUUGUUAUGGUUUCAAAAAUCCAGAGCAGAAUGGUUAAAAGAUGGGGAUAGGAAUACAUCCUAUUUUCAUAGUCGUACAUUGGCAAGAUGGAAGCAGAAUAAAGUUGAGAGUCUUCUGGUGGCUAAUAAAUGGUGUUUUGAGGAGGAUGUGUUGAAACAGCAUGUGGUGCAAUUCUUGAAGGAACUUUAUACCAUGGACUAUGUGACUAGUAGUGUUUUCCCUUGUUGA